GUCUCUCUCUCUCUCUCCAAAAAAAAGGAGGUCUCGAUUUACCUGCUCUGACCCUCCAAAGCCCAACGCCAGAGCCGUCCGCCCGUGGUAGGACAAAGGAGAUGUCGUCGGCGGCGCAGCAGCUGCCGCGGACGGAGUCGCGGACGCUGUCGGGGCACGAGGGCGCGGUGCUCGCCGUUCGCUUCAACCACGAUGGCAAGUACUGCCUGAGCUGCGGCAAGGACCGCACCGUCCGCCUCUGGAACCCCCACACCGGCGCCCACGUCAAGACCUAUAAAUCCCACGGUCGCGAGGUUCGCGACGUGAACGCGUCCUCGGACAACGCCAAGCUGGUGUCGUGCGGCGGGGACAAGCAGAUCUUCUACUGGGAUGUUGCCUCCGGCAAAGUCAUCCGCAAGUUCCGCGGCCACAACAGCGAGGUCAAUUCAGUGAAGUUUAAUGAGCACAACACUGUUGUACUGUCAGCUGGUUAUGACCGUUCGGUGCGUGCAUUUGACUGCAGGUCACAGAGCAGUGAUCCGAUUCAGACAAUUGAUACUUUUCAAGACAGUGUAAUGUCAGUUAAUGUAACCAACACCGAAAUAAUUGCUGGCAGUGUUGAUGGUACUGUCCGAACAUUUGAUAUUCGCAUGGGCAGGGAGACUGUCGAUAACCUGGGUCAUCCUGUCAACUGUAUAUCUUUGUCGAAUGACCGCAAUUGCCUCUUGGCUAACUGUUUGGAUUCUACCGUGAGGCUUCUUGACAAGAACUCUGGGGAAAUGUUACAAGAGUACAAGGGCCAUAUAUGCAAGUCCUUCAAGAUGGAUUGCUGCCUGACCAAUGAUGAUGCAUUUGUUAUCGGCGGAUCCGAGGACGGGUUUGUUUUCUUCUGGGAGUUAGUGGAUGCACCUAUUGUUGCGACUUUCCGAGCACAUAGCUCUGUGGUUACCAGCGUCACUUAUCACCCAACAAAGACCUGCAUGUUGACGUCAUCUGUCGAUGGGACCAUUCGUGUUUGGACCUGAAGAUAGAAAUUGCUGAUGUGUGUUAUCUCUACUGAUGCGCCUAUGACAGUGUUCUUCGUAUCAUCCAUCUACGUAUGUAGUUUCAAGGACUCAGAAGCAUAAUGUGUACUACUCCAUGUGACAUGCUGACAUGAGAACAGACUCAAGGAUUCAGAUGCGCAAUCCCUUUUUGAGAAACGUUGUUGCUACUAUGUUGUACUGACUCCAUGGAUAUGUAGUGUAUAUAUAUAUAUAUAUAUAUAUAGUAGGUUGCCUCGUGAAA